UCUAUACUUCAUAAAAUAUUCAUUUCGAUUCUCGUAAACUUAAUUAUAAUACUAGAUUUUAAUAGACGGAUAAACUAUUAAGUUCAUUAACUACAUCAAUAAAAUAAUAUUUAUUGAUGAAUGAUAAUAAAGAAAUGUUAUGGUGAUUACAUCAACUUGGGUUUUAACAUUAGUUGCUAUCUUACAAUUAUUUAUAAACUAUGUAUAAUUUUACAAAAAUAUAAAACUAAAAUUAAAAAUUGUAUUAAAAUUAUAUGUAACGAACUUAAACAUUUGUAUAAUGACAUCUGCUGUGAAGUAAUAAUUUUUAAAGUAGAUGAUGAUAAUAACAAUGAAAUAAAAUCUGUGCAUGAGGCAUAUCAAAAAGAAUUCUAUCGCCUCAAUAAAGAGCACUGCCAGUAUAUAGAUAAAUUAGAAAAUUAUUACAAAAAAGAAAUUACCCAUGCACAAAUCAGCUCAUCUAAAGAAUUGGUAAAAACGAUUCAAUCUUUAUUGGAUGCUAACGAAAAAUAUAAAUCUAAAAUGAAUGCCUUAAAUAAUAAGAUAGAUGAUGUUAUUGAUACAUAUAAUAGAAUAAUAAGUGAUUUUGAAAAGAAACAAAGAGGUUUUGUUUCUCAAAUAUUAGAUCUCAAAGAGGAAAAUUCCCAAGAAAUAAAAUGUAAGUUUAUGCUGCUUUCUGAAAAUGUUAUGUUGAAAAAAGAAAUUAAAUUUUUGAAACUUAACUUAAAAAAACAAGGUAUUACUGAAACUUAUCCAAUAUCAAAUUUAAAAUCAAUAUGUUUAAAUUUCCUUUUAAUAGGAAUUCUUCUUUGGUGGUUAUAUUUUAAAAUUAAUGAAAAAAUGCAACAAUUUUCAUAAAAUCUAAAAGUAAUGAUGUAGUUUAUUUUUAAAGAU